AUUUAUGAUAAAUAUUUUUAAACGAAGGUUACAUUUUGAGUCAAUACAACUUGACAGUUUAUUAAUGAGUUGGGUUAGUGUUGAUAUCCUCAAACUCAUUUACUAAUAACUUUGAAUACAGACACGAGAAUGACACGAUACGACACGUUUGUGAGCUCUAUAACCAUACGAAACUUAGGGGAUACGAGAUUUCCCAAUUACCCCCUUACGAAAAAUCUAAAAAGGGGCUAUGACAAGGGCAAUUCCGUAAAACUUCCCUACAAAAAAAAAGCAACAAAAUUGCUAAAAAUGGCUAACAAAACCUCAGAUUCUUUCACCAUCACCAUAUGUCAAAUUACAUGCAUUUAAGAGAAAAAUUGUACUGCAAUUUGGUUUCAAGUUUCAUUUUUUGAAAUUCAAAUUCAUAUAGGAAUUAUACAAGUACUAAUACAACUUACAUGUACAUUUCUCCCGUAUUUUUCAUCUUGAUUAAUCAAUUAAUCUCUGUCAUUAUUUAAUCAUGGUGGUUACACGAAGACAAAGUGGUAAAGGAGGAUCAACUGAAGGAUUUGGAAGUGAGAUUGGAACUAGAGAGAAUCAUAAGAUGUUGACGUAUGAAAAAAGAGUUUCUAAGAAGAAGACCCCCCAUUCUUCUUCUCCUGAUCAGCCUUCAAAAGGGACGGUUUCUAAUGACACCGCCAUCCUGUACAAGAAGGAAACCUCACAUGAAGCAAAAAAGACGGUGACAAAUGCUACAGAUGAAGAAGAUACACAUGCUGCAUUUGGGUUUGGGCAUGCAGGAGGGACUCCAGCUGAGAGUCGUGUAAAAUUGGAAAGUGCUCAAGUAGGAUCUAAGGAGCUCCAGAAGUCAAUCGAGAAUUACAUGAUUCCUCUUCAUCCAGUGCACGGGAAUCUACUGACAGCUUGUGUCAAUGCAUCACAAGGAAACAUUAGCCACAGAGAUGAGCAGCAGUGUACAAGCUUCAAUGUUACAGAGUAUGUUGAGCAGAUGCACGAAGAUGAUCCCUUGUCUGAGGUAGACUCCGCAGGAUGUGAUAGUAGCCUGAGAUCUGUGAGGGGCUAUAAAGUAAAGCCCGAGUCUGUGGACCUCCUCACCUCAAUUCUUGACAAGUAUGGGGACAUUGGUGAUAACUGCUCUAUUGGAUCGCCCACUAUUCGUUCAUUUUACAUGCAGAAUAUCUGUGACAUUGUCGAAAAGUUGAAGAGUUCCAACUGUAUCUUACUCAUCACAAAAUCUGAAGCUGAAAAAAUGCUGGUUUUCCUUAAAGAUGCUGAAAAUGUAUUCUUCAAUGUUGGAUGGCUAAAAAAGAGGCUCAAUGAGAUAUAUGAGGGAAAGCAAGCAUUCACAAUGCUCAAGGCACCUUCUGAACUGAAACGGUUUCAUGCUGAACAAAAGGCCAAAAUUCACAGUGCAAAACAAAAAACAGAAAUUUACAAGAAUGAGAUUGCUAUACAUCAACAGCAGAUUGAUAUGCAUCAACAACAAAUUCACGAUCUGCAAGAAAAAAUCAAGACUGCCAACGCUGAGGUCUCUGUGUAUGAGGAGGAAGCGCUGAACUCUGGGAAGGCAAUUGCUGAGUGCAAAGUGAAGCUGAGAUUUGUUGUUGGAUUGAAAUCCUUGGAUCAUGGUUUGCUUUAACUAAAAUAUGAGUGUCUUGACAAACUCUUCUUAGAAUGAUGGCCUGUAAAUUUGUUCUAACUAUGCAGUUGUAGGUAGUCAAAUAAGUGUUCCAACUUUAACACCAAUGCUUGUAAUAGCUAGUAAUCGACAAUAUUAAUGGAUUAGCUGUGAAUCUGCGACAACAAUCUAGAACUUUGUAGAUGUUUUCGAAUUUCA